UUUUCCCACUAAAAACUAGCCGCUCUCGUGGUCUUGCCGACGACCCUACCCACCCGGGCGACCUCCAACCGGCCCUACCGCCGCCGCCGCCCCGCGCGGUGCCGUACUCUUCCCCCGCCUCCUCGCCUCGUCGCGGCCUUCCUCCUCUUCCGCCGGACGGUCGGACAAGUCCCGGGCUCCGAUUCGCAAAAAGCUCCAGGGGGCUGAGAUUUGGCGCCGUGGGAUAAGCCAGGAUGGCGCCUAGAGACAGUAAGGAGAUGCUGCAGAGGGCCGCCGAGUCCGCCAUACGGUCCAUCGGCCUCGGCUACGACAUCAGCGCCGACAUCCGGUUCAAGUUCUGCAAGCAGCGCGGCUCGCCCGACCCGUCGCUCAUCGAGCUUUACUGCGAUGGGACCGAGGACAUCGUGCUCCCCGGCUGCCUGACCAAGGUCACCGGUGUGCCUAAGUCGAUCAAGUGCGACAAGGGGGAGCGGAUGCGGUUCCGGUCCGAUGUCCUGUCAUUUCAGCAGAUGUCGGAGCAAUUCAACCGGGAGUUAUCUUUGUCCGGAAAAAUUCCAUCUGGCCAGUUCAAUUGUAUGUUUGAAUUUACUGGCUCCUGGCAGAAAGAUGCUGCACGUACCAAGUCACUUGCUUUUGACGGCUGGUGUAUCACACUAUAUAAUGUUGCACUGUCGAAGGCACAAAUUGUACUACGAGAUCAUGUUAAGCAGGCUGUUCCAUCAACCUGGGAACCUGCUGCUUUGGCAAGGUUUAUUCAAAAAUUUGGGACACAUAUAGUUGUUGGUGUCAAAAUGGGAGGGAAGGAUGUAAUUUAUUUGAAACAACAAUAUUCAUCAAGCUUGCAAGCCGUUGAUGUUCAAAAGCGAUUAAAGGAGAUGUCUGACAGGAGAUUUCUUGAUGCAAAUGGGCAAUCUGACAUUAGUUUCAGGGAUGUGUACAGGAAGGAGGACAAGAGUGACAGAAGAGAGCAGCGACUGAUAUUUGUGGAGUCCAGUCCACUAAAUUCUUAUGCUUCGGAGGAGGUUUUGGUAAUGAUGCCUAAGCGAAGAGGUGGAAGGGAUAAAGAUAUGAUCUCUCAUAGCGAAUGGCUGAAUAGUAUUCAAGCAGAACCUGAUGUUAUCUCAAUGUCUUUUGUACCUAUUACUUCGUUGUUAAAUGGAGUUCCUGGUAGUGGAUUUCUGAAUCAUGCAAUUAAUUUGUAUCUUCGUUAUAAGCCCCCAAUUGAGGAAUUGCACCAGUUUUUGGCGUUCCAGCUUACAAGGCAGUGGGCGCCAGUUUAUAGUGACCUCCCUCUUGGUCCCCAGAGGAAAACGCAAAUCAGUGCAUCUUUGCCAGUAAAUUUUAUUGGUCCAACACUUUAUGUUUGUACCAACAUGGUUGACGUGGGCAAAAGACCGAUCACAGGACUCCGGUUGUUUCUCGAAGGGAAGAAGUGUAACAAAUUAGCUAUCCAUCUUCAGCACCUCUGUUCCCUUCCUCGGGUUAUCCAGCUUGAAGAUGACCCAAACAAUAGCCGAACUCCAGAACCAUUUGACCAUAGAUACUUUGAACCAAUAGGAUCAUGGAAGCGCUUCUCCCACGUCUGCACAAUGCCAGUGGAGUCAGAGGAUGCCUCCAUCGUCACCGGAGCACAGCUAGAAGUGAUCAACCAGGGCUUCAAGAAGAUACUGUUCCUCCGGCUGCACUUCUCCAAAGUCGUGAACGCCUACCCUGUCAGGCAGCCUGAGUGGGAGGGGUCCCCGAACCUGAUCCAGAAGUCGGGCCUCAUCUCGACGCUCAUCAGCACACACUUCUCCACUGCGGUGCAGCCACCGAAGCUGCUCAAGUUUGUGGACAGGACGGAAAUGGCCCGAGGGCCACACGACCUGCCAGGGUACUGGGUGGUGUCGGCCGCCAAGCUGCACCUCGAGAGGGGCAAGAUAUCCCUGCGGGUGCGCUACUCGCUCGUGACGUCCUUGCUGCCCGGCGAUGAGGAGUACGCGCUUAACGAGGAGUUCUAGGAUCCCCGGGAAAACAAGUGGAGUGAAACAACCUCGUUGCCAUCCCUUUAUUUGUUGGGUGUGUCUAGUUCUCGGUCGACUGAGACUUAACCAAGUCUCACUCAAGUGAUAUAGUAUAUGAGAAGAAAAAGAAAAAACUGAAAAGAAAUUUUUGUACGAAUCUUAAUGCAAGAUCAAUGGAAUAUAACAUCGACUGA